AUGGGUCAAUCACCUUCAAAGAUUUCAACUCAUGUCAUGAGAGAAUCAACUGUAUCAGAAUGUCUCGCCGGAAUCCUUUGUGGAACCCAACCUGCAUCAGAUGAAUUCUCUCAGCAAGAAGAAGAGGAGCAUUACUAUCCACAUGCUCUGAUCCUUCAAGGAACCGACCCAAAGGCAGAUAAACUCUCGACCAGACUAUUUUUUCGUCGACCUUUGACUUUGAACAACCUAAAGCUCUUCAAACAUCGACCCGCAAGUCUCGUUGGCGCUGUCUGGAGGUAUAUCGAGCCCACUGGUCCAAACUUAAGCGAUAUUCAAAAAGAAGCCAUUAUGAGGUGGAAAGAGAUAGAUAUCCUCAAUUCCACUAAUCCAGAUCAGCUUUCACCAAUCAGAAAAGUCCUGGAAAAAUAUUUUCACAUAUUCGAUGGCUUGUUCUUCGGAGGCACCUUGGAGAGGCACGUCAUUCUUAUCGUUUCCAAAACAUGUGCCGCUACGAUACCUGGUUGUAAGGGUCACACAUCCGAAGACUCCAAUGCUAUUUUCCAAAGGGCUAGAAAUGGUCAGCUACAAUGUCGAUUCAAUCCGAUUAGCACAAUCACUAUCUACAUUAACGAGAAGCUCGAGCCCAUGUCAGGAAAAGUCCUGAAAGGUCUGUUUGGUGUGUUGGUUCAUGAGAUGUGUCAUGCAUUCUUCCAUAUUUAUGGUUGUGUUGGAAAAUGCUGCCGCGACGGAUCUUUAGACUUGGGAACACGAGGCCACGGAAUCAUGUUUCAGGAAAUCACGUUCAAUAUCCAAAUUAUGGCGGCGAGUGAGAGUGUUCUGGGCUUUAACCUCAAUAUGGGUAGAUAUUUUAGUUUAGUGCAAGAAUUGCGCGAUAAACAGGGUUGGCAGGAGCAGAUGGAUGUGAGUAGGUGGGGUUUCGAUGAGAAGAAGUUGAUCAAUGAUCUGGUUAAAACCAAUACUUAA